CAAUCCCACGCCCAAUAUAAACCCAGCCGGGUGCUGGUCCUUGGUUUUCAUUUCCACAAACAUCCCAUCCCUACGCAUUUGCUAUAUUCAAUGACGGACUCCCGCGAACUGGGCAUCACAAAGUACCAGCUCUUCUGCGCCCUUGUUGGCUCUCUGGGUAGCGUCGGCUACGGCUGGGACAUUGGUGCAACUAACGUCCCUGGCGAUGUAAUCUCCCGCUGCAUCACCUCUCCCCUGCACUGGAUCGGGCCCUUCCCAUCAUGCAUCCCCAUGAGCCCCACCGUUUGGGGAGUAAUCGUCUCCUGCAUGCCACUGGGUGCGAUGCUGGGCGCUCUGUUCUGUACACCCUUCUCAAACCGGUACGGCCGAAAAACAGUGCUCGCCUAUUGCCGGGUCUUUUCCAUCAUCGGCGCGCUGUUUCUAUCUCUGGCGGUUAACAUCUCAAUGCUGGUGGUUGACGCAUAUGCCACGUUCACCGCGUAUAUUGUCGAAGCGGCUACGCCCAAGGCUCGGAAUGUGCUUGGGUUUCUGCUCCAGAUGGGCAUUGCACUAGGAAUUGCCGUGUCUCAGGCAGUCUCGUUGGGAAUGUCCAACCCGCCUUAUUGGCGCAUUCUGUUCUCCAUCACCGGCGUCCUCGCACUGGUGAACAUCCAGCUGCUGAUGUUCUGUGUCGAGUCGCCUAAAUGGCUAAUCAUGAAAGACAGGCUCGAAUUGGCCCGCGAAUCGCUGGAGAAGUUGCGCCAGGGCGCCGACUGCACAGCCGAGUUCGACCAAAUGGUCGCCGACGUGCGCAAAGAGAUGGGCGACGGCGCAUUCGUUGCCAACAUUUACGACGUCGUAGCUGGACGAACGCCAGAAAACCUCCGCCACCAACUGCUAGUGAUAGUCACAGUUAAUUUCCUCCAGCAGUCGUGUGGUGUUGGCUCUCUGUCGUUUUACUCGACAUCAAUUUUCAGCUCAGUCACCACCGGCAACCCUGCAAACAUUCCGACACUGGCGCAGAUCCUGACCAGUGUUCUUUCUCUUGUUGCUGCGCUAGCGACACUGGCUGGGGUGAUCCUGUCCGCAUACUACGGGCGUCGGCCAUUAAUGCUGGUCUCGCAUGGCGGCAUGGCCAUUGCAUGCAUAUUUAUUGUUGUGGGCACCGUGGGGCAUAUUAAUAUCCUUGCAAUCACAAUGGUAUUUGUGCAUUAUGUUGCCUUUGUUGUUGGCUCGGGGCCAAUUCCAUGGCUCACAUGCAGCGAAUUAACGCCCACGUAUGCUGCAGCUGCAUUUGGCUCCAUUGGCAGCACGGUCAACUAUUUCUUCAUGGUCGUCAUUGGCCUGGUAUUUCCACCUAUGCAGAGCGCUAUAGGCGGAUACUCGUUUGUUGUUUUUGGCAUCUGCAAUGUGUUUGGUGUGGUUUUCUGCUGGUUUUUGCUACCAGAGACCAAGGACAGAAAUACUGCAGAUGUAGUCCGAGUGCACUCUGUGGGAAUUCAUAACGUGUUAAGACAAAAGUACACUGUUAGCAAAGUUUUAUGAGAUAGAAUAUCAGCGCAUUAUUAGUCUAUUUGUCAGUGCAGCCAUUGAAUAUUGGCUAAAUGUGCUGUGAAGACAGUGUCCGUAAUGUGAAUGCUACAGAAUUUAUUUUGGGUAAAGAAAGGGGUAUUGUAUAUAUAGCUGUUGCGUG